AUGCGCUUGCGCCACACACAUAACCUCAUCCUGUGGCCUUCAGAGUUCCAUCCGGGGGAACCCUCGACGUUCUUCUCGCUCUCGCUCUCGCUCUCGCCCUCGCGCUCUCCUCCUCUCUCAUACACAAAGGCCGCUGCACUGCGACACCGCGACGCAUGUCUCCGCCGACGCAGGAUGGCCCACGCACGCCGGACCGCCGCUCCUCCACCCACACCCUCUUCACAGCCUUUCGAUCAUUGA